AUGCCUUCGAUGCCAGAGGAUAUAGGAAUGGACAUUAAGCCAUAUUUCCGAGUUCUCCAGCAAGAUGGACCGAUAGCAAAUGCGACUUCUGAGCGGCUACAGUUAUCGGAAAACCUUGAGGAAGCUCUGCACACGCUGCAAGACCAGAACGCAGACAUAAUGGACGAGUGGUAUUUCGACGAAGAUCUUGAUCACCCGUAUCCGAAAUUGGAUCAAUUCAAACAUGUCUUUGUCGGACCCCGGGCACAAACACUAGAGUCACAACAACGGGAGGAUCUCAAGGUGUUGUCUGAUUAUAUAACUGAGCGUUUAACUCUGGAUUACGGGGAGCUGGAACAGCUGUCGGAUGCGGGAUUGGUAAGCCGGAAACAUUGGCUGAUGCUUUUCCGACCAGAUGAUACAGUGGUCACGAUGUUUGAAAGCCAGUACCGUGCCUUCAGUGUAAAAUCGUGCCUUCUGCUCAGUUCAAACACAAUCGAAAUGGAAUGCUGGUCUUGGGAGUACGAUGGCAACUUCUUCCAAAAACACACUACAAUGGACAUCGAAUGGCCAUCUAGCUUAGAUCAGGUGAAGAUCAAGGACCUUUCAGUCCAGGCUAAUUUGCGGUAUAUGGUCGAUGCGGAAGCUUAUAAGCUGAUGCAUGGCCGCGAUGAUGACCCGACAUCCAAGAGCGGACUCAGCAGUGAGGAGUUGAAGAAAGAUGAACCCCCAGGUGGUGCCUUCACACUAAUGCUGCCGGCAACUAUGAAGGGGUACGGCUUUCACAACAAGAAGUGGAAUACACUACUUGUGGAACACAUUCAAGACAUCAAAUGGAACAGCGGUGUCUUCGAUAAGCGACUAGUCCUUGAGGAAGGCAAGAAGGACCUGGUAAAAGCAUUGGUUACAGUUCACAUUGAGAAAAGCAGCGAUAUCAAGACCGAUUUUAUGGACGGAAAGGGUGAAGGGCUCAUCAUGUUACUUCAUGGUGGGCCAGGAACUGGCAAGACUCUUACAGCAGAAAGUAUCGCAGAGCUUGUUCAUCGUCCCUUAUAUAGGGUGACUUGCGGCGAUAUCGGGACAGAUGCCGAAAGCGUGGAGAAGUACCUCGAAUCGGCUCUGUUCAUCGGCAAUACCUGGGAUUGUGUCGUCCUACUGGAUGAAGCAGAUGUGUUUCUCGAGGAGAGAACAAAGAUGGAUCUUCAACGCAACGCGCUGGUCUCAGUGUUCCUGCGCGUGCUAGAGUACUACGAUGGUAUCUUGAUCUUGACGACAAAUCGCAUCGGCACCUUCGAUGAAGCGUUCAAGUCACGCAUACAGCUCGCGCUCCACUACCCGCCGCUGAACAGAGACGGCCGUUGGGAAGUCUGGAGAAACUUUGUCAAGUCAUUGUCGGAGGCUGGUGAGAGCAUCAACACCGAAGAAAUAACCAACAAACUCGAUAUCCUCGCCCGACACAAACUGAACGGCCGCCAGAUCAGGAACACCAUCAACACAGCUCGCCAGCUGGCGCGGUACAAAAAGGACUCAUUGCGCUACGCGCAUGUGGACCAGGCAGUCCGGGUCGUCAACGAGUUUGAGAAGUACGUGACCGACGUACACGGUCAUGAUGAUGAGGAAUAUGCGCGAGAUCAAGGCUUGAGAAACGAUGAUGCUUUGCAGGUAGACUGA